UUUGUGAAGCAAGCUUUUAUUCUGGAUACCGGAAAAACACGAUUUUCUUUAGGCCAGCUUGCUAGAGGUCUCGCGCAGUACGCAGGUCCAACCAUCAGCAACAACACGAUGACAGAAAUGGGCUCGGCGGCGGUUCGGUUAUCGUUGCUCGGCUUCCUCCUGUGCCUGCAUGUCGGCAGAGCUCCAGCCCGCAGCCCCCGCACGGCGGACCAGGUGUCUGAGGCCGACAUCCAGCGGCUCCUGCACGGCGUCAUGGAGCAGCUGGGCAUCGCACGGCCCAGGGUGGAGUAUCCCGCACAUCAGGCCACAAACAUUGUCGGGCCUCAGAGCAUACAGGGUGGUGCUCACGAGGGGCUGCAGCACCUCGGCCCCUUUGGCAACAUCCCCAACAUUGUGGCCGAGCUGACCGGCGACAACGUUCCCAAAGACUUCAGUGAAGAUCACGGGUACCCAGACCCUCCGAACCCCUGUCCCCUGGGAAAGACCGCAGCAGACGGCUGUUUGGAAAACGCUCCGGACACAGCCGAGUUCAGCAGAGAGUUUCAAAAACACCAGCACCUAUUUGACCCAGAGCACGACUACCCGGCCCUGGCGAAGUGGAACAAGGAGCUUUUGUACCAAAAACUGAAGGGAGGACCGAAAAGAAGAAAAAGGAGUGUCAACCCAUAUCUAAUGGGCCAGCGGCUGGACAACGUGGUCGCCAAAAAAUCUGUUCCUCACUUCUCUGAGGAAGAGGAGGAAGAGGCACCGAUCGCCUCUGCUGCCAGCAAAUCCACCACCUAAACUCCUGCGCCUGCAACACUCUCAGAUACGAGUUUGUAACACUACAUAUUUAAGCAUUUUGGUUAAUAAGUAUUGGAUUUGGGACUUCAGUGCAAGUACUGUGAAAUAAGGAAUAGGCAGAUAUAAUUAAGCAGCAAGCAUGAAAAUAGUUCGUUUUUUAUUGUAAUCAUAUUAAUUAACCCAGAUCUUAUUAAUUAGGCACAACGUACUGUAUAUCGGUCUUACAACUGGUGCUCUUAUUUUAAACAUACACCUGCCUUUAUUAAAGCAUUAGGAUCCGAGCGCUUGGUCCACAGAAAAAUUUUUUAGGGCUUUUUCUGACUCAUGACAGAGAAAAUGCAAAAACUCAUCAGAAAAUCGAAGCUCAAAGUAGAUUGGACUUUGUGUUAAGAUUUCUUUUGACAGCUGCUGUUUUCAAAGGUCAAGAUGGAACCGUAAUGCUCAAAAAGCCAACUGUCAUUACUCUGCAAUUUGAUUGUAAGCCAAACAUCAGUUAUAGUGUUAAGUAUCUGAUCUGAAUGUUAAAAAUCUUGGCUAUUUAUAGGGAGAGAUGUGAUUCAACUAUUAGCCAAAAUGCUAAAAUACAAAGUGUUAAACUCUUGAGUGGCAGUGUACAGUAUAUCUACAACUGUAUUAUAAGAAGUUGUAUAAAGAUUUGUUGAUUUGGAGAAAUGUCGAAUGAGGAAGUUAUUAUUCAUGACUGUACAGAAAUCCAUUUGCACACACUGAAGUUUCUGAAGGUUAAGUUUUCUAUGUCUUGAUAUAACCAGUUAAUCACUCUGUCUUCAGAAGCAAAGAUUCAAUACAGAUCACAUUCUUGGAAGUUAAUUGUAAACUGUAGCAGCUUUGCUUUGUCAUGUAAGGGAUGAUUGUGAACUAUGUCACUGUAGCAUGGCAAAAAGUGUAGCUCUUAUUUAGAUCUGUAUCUAUUGUCUUCUCCAUACUGCAGUAAUAAGUCUCUACAGGCAGCACUGAUCUGUCAUGUGUCACUUUAUCUUGCCAAAAAAAUAUUUGUUUUUGUUCUGUAAAGUCAAAUAAAUGAUGUAUCUGCAUUGA